AUGUCAUGGGAUGAAACGCUCAAGCUCACGCAGGCCGAUGAGUCCGAGGAGUUCAAGUUGUUCGAGGCGGUUGUCAACGGGGAUGUCACGGUCGAGGAUGCCGUGCAAUGGGUCAUCACCACGACAAUGGACAGACUGGAAGACUACGGGCCGGGAGGAAGCAUCGAGAAAGCCGACGCCGUAACGUUCAUAGCUAUCAUCGAGCUGGCUAUGCAAAUCGAUACAACCCAGUAUGGACCGCUGGUUGAGUUCCUGGGAGAAUUGAAGCUGUACAACGCCGUUGAUUCGUCAACGGGCUUGAUCCUAAAAACACAAGAUGGAAGCAGAGUCUGGUCACAUCUGCCGUCGCUGAAUUUCUGGGUCGCCGAAAUAUGGACAGACCGGAUGACACAAAUCUGUGACCCGGAUAUGGAACCCGAUCAGCAGAUCAGAUGGGCGAAGCUCAAUAUCUUCCUCGCGCAAGUGACGCAGGCGGCUGAGGUUGAGUAUACUUCCCUGCAGGUGUCGAUCAGCGAUGCUAUGGAUGUAUCGCACAUGGCACUCUGUGGACUGCGUCAUGUGUUCGAAGAGCGCAUUCCUUCUGAACAUAUUGCCUCGACGGCGGGUCUGCUCGGUGUGUGCUACUGGCUAAUCUGUGCCGGUGAUAGACUCUGGGAGAAUGUACUCAACGGCCGCAAAUACAACAGAUAUGAUGGUCGACCGGGAGAAUUGUAUUCAGAUCGCGGGUGGAAGGGCUUUGAACGCGAAAGAUGGGAUAUAUGGGUGCAGGGUCUUCGUGACGCGAAGGCCGCUUGCAGACCGGGCAAGGAACUCGUGGAAGAUUUGAUAGACCGGGCUCUGUCCAAAAUAGAGCGUGUAAUGAGUAAUGAAAUACCAUCCAAUUAA